GAACCUCAGAAACUUUGCAAGAGACCAAAGCCAAGCAGACUCCAUCACCAUGGCUUGCUGUGUCGCUCGCUGCUGCAGCGUCCCCACCGGCCCUGCCACCACCAUCUGCUCCUCAGACAAGUCCUGCCGCUGCGGCGUCUGCCUGCCCAGCACCUGCCCACACACCAUUUGGCAGCUGGAGCCCACCUGCUGUGACAACUGUCCCCCACCCUGCCACAUCCCUCAGCCCUGCGUGCCCACCUGCUUCCUGCUCGGCUCCCGCCACCCGACCCCAGACCUGCUCACUGUCAACCUCACCACCUAUGUGCAGCCUGGCUGUGAGGAGCCCUGCAUCCCGAGGUGCUGCUGACCUGGGGCGCCCUCAUUUGGAGCCCGUCUUGGAAAGAAAGAGUCAACCCGGGAGCCCUGGCUCAUACCUGGCAGAACCUGCAAUUACCGUACCCUGAUUUAGAAGUUGGAGUUGAGUGACGUUGUCAGACAACACCCUCUCCUGCCUGCCUCAACAAAAAAGAAGCCAGUCUUUGGUAACGCAGCAGCUUCUAUCUGUAAACCAUGCGCAGUUUGGACGGUUGAUGCUUCGAGGCUUCUGACGAGGUCGACUCCUUCAUCGCAAUGUUUGCCUUUCCUUGGGUGUUUGCGGGCCUCUGCUUUCAGUCUUGGGUGGUAUCUCUCUGCAAAUCAGGGAAUUUCUUCAUGACCUUCCUAAUAAAUUCUGUGUCUGUGGCAUAGCACCAGUGUCUA